UACAUAUUCAGGAAACUGUCAUCAGCCAGCCCUCUUUCUCGAAAAGCUAACCACGUUGUGGGAACUUUUCCUGGCUCACCGCUGUUCGCUUGAUUUUUCUUCCGAAUAAGUCGGUCAGGAAUAAUCACAAUGGCUUUCAAGGACUCUGGGAAGGCACCUGUUGAGACGGAGGUGGCUAUUCACCGCAUCCGCAUCACCCUCACCAGCCGCAAUGUCAAAUCUCUGGAAAAAGUCUGUGCUGACUUGAUCCGUGGUGCAAAGGAGAAGAACCUGAAGGUGAAGGGACCGGUCCGCAUGCCAACCAAGACCCUGCGUAUCACCACCAGGAAGACCCCCUGUGGCGAAGGCUCCAAAACUUGGGAUCGCUUCCAGAUGCGGAUCCACAAACGCCUGAUUGAUCUGCACAGCCCAUCUGAAAUUGUCAAGCAGAUCACCUCCAUCAGCAUCGAGCCUGGUGUUGAGGUUGAAGUUACCAUUGCUGAUGCAUAAAUUUUCACUGAUGCAAUAAAGACAAGAAGAAAACUGCUCUGCCUUUUA